AUGUCACUUCCCUAUCAAGACCUCGAGACGCUGGACGCUGGAUCCAGCUCCAGCGCCUCCGGAGGCAUUAUUCUAGGCUCUUCCGACCAGUGGAGAACCUGGUAUAGCACUAUCAAGGUCACCUCUAAGAGCCUUGGUGUGUGGAAGUAUUUGGAUCCAGAUGCUUCUAAUCCAGAGAAGAUCCCUGAGGAACCCCAAGAAACACAACCUGGCGACGCCCAGGAGGGAGCUCAAGAGAUCAUAGACCUUACAGACGAUAAUUAUAAGGUCUUUCAGCGCCUGCUUGCCCAUCAAGAUCGCCAGACGCUUCAAUUCAGGUGGACGCAGCGAAAUUUGGACCGAAUUGGCCAGCAAAUCCGACGGACUGUUGCUACCAGCCACCAACACCUCAUCGCCGAUAUCGAGAGUCCUCGAACACUUCUAAAAGCCCUUAAGGACCGGUUCUCUCCUUCCGAAAUCGAACGCAUGCUGGAAUUGCGGGUGAGAUGGUUGAAUAAGGCAAGGUCAUCUCCAAAGGACUCGCAGGUGGAUAUAUGGCUCACGGAAUGGGAAAGCCUUUAUACAGAAGCCGUUAGCGCUCAAGUCCCUGAUGUCACCAAUCCUCGUGUGGCAGUAUAUGACUUCCUCUGUGCCGCUCGAUCGUUAGAUGAGAAUUUCUAUUUUUAUACCUACCAGAAGGUCUUCAAGGAGAAUGUGGAGGGUAAGGAUGUCUCAUUUAUUGCCGUUAUAAACGAUUUCCGCCAGCUCCGCGCAACCUCACAGAAGAAAAGGAGUGGGAAAGAGUCCGCAGUGGGAUUCGCCACCUUAGAUGGUCAGAAAGAAGCUGGAUCAACGUCAACGCAGUCAACUCGGCAGAAAUCAGCUAAACAGCUCCCAGACUGUGUCUGUGGACAGAAGCACUACUUCCAGUCAUGUCCAUACCUUAUUGUUUCCGCACGCCCGUCCGGGUGGAAACCAGAUCCUGCCAUCGAAAGGAAACUUCCGGAAAAUAUCAAAAAGCUCAGCCCAUUCGCCAAAGCAAAGGCGGAAAAGCUCUAUAAAGAAGUGAACCCGAAGAAGAGUGUCAACUUUGCAAACGUGGACUCUGACGAAGAUACCGGUCUGGGUUUCUUCACCUCAUUCAGAGCCACCAAUCCCGGUGUCACUGCCCUUGCUACCAGCGAGGCAGCUCACACCAUCGUCAACACCAUCUCGGAUACCAUCUGA